AUAUCUUCGCAACAAAACACUUGGAAUUCCAUUUUGGGAUUGGACUGAGGGAAAUUGGGAAGAUUUGCAGAUUCUUAUAGGGACACCAACAUUUAGUGACCCUGAAACGGGAGAAGUGUUUCCUAACCCAUUCUAUUCAUCGGUGAUACAUGGUCACGAACCAGUGGAGGAAUUACCUUUUCCUUUGGAAAAUCAGCGAUCGUACGAUUUACGUGGCGUUCUGCAUACUGAUUUCCUAAAAAGAGGCGUUAUCAGAGGGCUUUUAUCAAACACUUUUCAAUUUUUUGACAAGCAAAUAGAAGAUGGACCUCACAAUCAAGUAGGUAAAACAGCGGUAAAACAGUAAAAAAAUACGAAACAAUUAUGGCAACUACAUUGUUUUAUUGCAGAUCCAUAUGUGUAUGUGCGUUGAUUACACUUUUAAUAAAUGCACAUACGGCAUGCCAACCACCAAAUAUGCAGCCUGGGAUCCGAUAUUUUUGUUACAUCACAGCCAAAUAGACAGAAUAUUUGCGCUGUUCAAACUUAUCCGGGAUGAGCUUGAUAUUCAGGAUUGGUCACUUUAUUCCGUUGGUAAUGGGUAUAAAAAUAUAAGCAGUGAAGAAAUGACGUUUAAAAUGAGUAUGCCACUCUCCCCCUUUUGCAACAAGACGAUGAAUCCGAACCCUGUAACUGGAAGAUCUGGUGUUUGGACAGCGAUUGGCAGUUAUUACUACGAACAACUUUUCGGAUAUCGCUACGAUAACUUUGACCUUGCUGGCAAAUCCUGGCGAGAUUUGCUUAAAGAUAUGAAAGAAAAGUUAACGCGUUUCAACUGGGACGACGAUGAAGCUUCAUUUACCUCAACAUUCGAUAACCGUUUAGGAUUGAUUGAUAAAAACACUGCUGUAUCCGAACGUGAAUGUGAAACUGGUGUUACAUCAAGUCGAUGGAAAUUCUUUUUGUGAUUUUAGCUAAUCUGCUGCAUAGAAAUAGUUUAUUAUUUUGCAUUGUUUUUCGGUGUUUCAACUUUAGUGGGACCAUAUUUUGCACCAGCGAUGUUUGUACAACCGCGACUCGGCCAACACCUUGUGUCUGGUGACUCAGUCGAUGUUUGGAUAUCCGACUUUCUGUGCUUUGUAAGAGGUUUCACUGUCUGAGGUCAUGUGAGACAGGAAGCUAUUGUCUCACUUCGUGAAUGCGUGGUUUGUUUGUUCGUUAUGUGAAAAGUUUAAUACACAACUGUAACCAA